AUUCCCCCAUUUCCCAUCUCCGUCAAUCCGCCCACCUUCAAAACGCAAAACAGUGAAUCCAUCUCCCUCCCUCCCCCUGUUCUGUUCUCGCUUGCAUCUUCAACGCGUAUUUAUUGGAUUUCGUGUUCCCGCCGCCUGCAACCUUCUCCUUCAAUUCCUUCGACUUCUCUCUUUCUUUCUCUAAGCUCCGAGUAAGAUCGAGCUGUCAAAGAAGAAUACACACACACACAUAGACGUUGCUUCCAGUUAAUUAAAGCGGGUGGUCUAGAUAGCUGAAAUUGGGAAUUCAAAAUGGCAAAAUUAUCAAAGAACACCAAGAAGCUGUCUUACAUUUCAGUGCCGUCCCAGAUAAUCACCUCUCUAUCAUCCUCAUCUCUCCAUUCCCUCCUCAUCUCUCCCAAGAAAUCUUCAAAGAAUCAGUUCAAGCUAUGGAGAAGGAGAAGCUUCAGGUUCUGGUUCUUGUCCCUCUUCUUCUUCUUCGCUCUUCUCGGGAUGCUGAAGCUUCAGGGCCUCAAUAUCGACCCUCUGAAUAGCCCCCCUUUUCCCCCAAACCCGUGCUCAUCGAUUCGCCAACCGACGGACGCCGUAGUUCCAAAUUGGUAUGUUGAUGAUUCGGGUGUACCGGGUAUUCGAUCAAAAAUAAUCUCAGAUGGGAACGGGCACGGGCACGUUGAUUCUGCCGGCACGGGUGUUCAUAAUGGAUCCAAAACGGAGAUUAGUAGCGUUGAAGUUGAAGACAGUCGUGAGUUUUGGAAGCAGCCUGAUGGUUUGGGGUACCGACCCUGCCUGGACUUCAGCAAGGAGUAUCGGAGGUCGAGCGUGGCGAUUGCGAAGGACAGGACCAAGUAUUUAAUGGUUGUGGUUUCGGGUGGGAUGAACCAGCAGAGGAACCAAAUCGUUGAUGCUGUUGUGAUUGCAAGGAUUCUUGGAGCUGCUCUGGUUGUUCCCAUCUUGCAAGUCAACGUCAUUUGGGGAGAUGAAAGUGAAUUUUCUGAUAUAUUUGAUUCGGAGCACUUUAAGAGGGUUCUCGCCAAUGAUGUCCGAAUAGUUUCUUCCUUGCCCUCUACUCACCUAAUGUCAAGGCCAGUGGAGGAGAAACGCACUCCACUUCAUGUCUCACCUCAAUGGAUUCGUGCUCGUUACCUCAGAAGACUGAGGAAGGAGGGUGUUUUGUUAUUACGUGGUUUGGAUUCGAGGCUAUCAAAGGAUCUCCCUUCCGAUCUGCAGAAACUUCGAUGCAAGGUGGCUUUUCAUGCGUUAAGGUUUGCCCCACAAAUUCUAGAACUAGGUAACAAGCUUGCUGACAGGAUGCGGAGCAAGGGUCCCUACCUUGCUCUUCAUCUACGAAUGGAGAAGGAUGUGUGGGUGAGGACUGGCUGCCUUCCUGGUUUGAGCCAUGAGUAUGAUGAGAUAGUACACAAUGAGAGGAAACUCCGGCCAGAGCUCCUAACUGCAAGAUCGAACAUGACUUACCAUGAACGUAAGCUUGCAGGUCUCUGCCCCUUAAAUGCCAUGGAGGUUACUCGGCUGCUUAAAGCUCUCGGAGCUCCAAAAAAUGCCAAAAUAUAUUGGGCUGGAGGACAUCCUUUUGGUGGGAAAGAAGCACUACUACCAUUGAUCAGAGAGUUUCCUCAUUUCUACAACAAGGAAGACCUGGCCCUGCCUGGGGAACUCAAAUCCUUUGCAAACAAAGCCUCCUUGAUGGCUGCCAUUGAUUAUAUAGUUUCUGAAAAGAGUGAUGUUUUUAUGGCAUCACAUGGGGGAAAUAUGGGCCAUGCAAUUCAGGGGCAUAGGGCAUUCGCAGGGCACAAGAAGCAUAUAACCCCAAACAAAAGGCAGAUGCUGCAUUAUUUCCUCAACUCUUCCCUACCUGAGGCCGAAUUCGAUAGGAUUAUAAUGGAGUUGCACCGUGACUCCUUAGGGCAGCCAGAGCUGCGGACUAGCAAAUCCGGAAGGGAUGUUACCAAGUAUCCUGUUCCUGAGUGUAUGUGUAACGAUUCAAAUACACAUGCAUUCUCAUGAUUCCAUCAUGAAGCCUUGAUAAUUACAGCAGACCACCUCAUUGAAAUUUUAACGAGAAACAGGAGCCGUUUGAAUUAAAGUGGAAGGCUUCUGAGACGGCGCAGCAUCUUAAAGAAGGUAAUUUAUUCACGGGAAUUGUUUGGAUGGAGGGAGGGAGGGAGGGAGGGAGGGAGGUGGGGGGCUGCUCUGGAGAGGGUGGCGACAUUCAAAAUUGAUGCCCUUGUAUGACAGCCACAGCAGUACCAUGGAAUAUUUUUUGAUUCUUUUAUGAGAGGAUUGUGUUUAGGAAUUAAAGAGAUACGUUUUUUUUUUUUUUUUUUUCUAUCCUCUCCUUCCCUGAAUUCUUUGAACUGCAUUAUAUGCAGAGUAACUAUACAUGUAUAUUUGUGUAAAGGGAUAUUCUUUUUUAGUUUUGCAUAGCUACCAUAUGAAUGCCCUCUUUUGCGAUUUGCGAACAGCUGAUGUUAGAAUUCAGAAGGGCUGAAAAUUGUUAUUCGAUCAUCUUGAACCAUUUGGAAUUUAUGGCAAAUUGUCAUUU